AUGUGCCAUAUAAGCUAUCAACACUACGAGCCGCUUUCUAACAACCACAAUCGCCGCGAUAGCUUGAGUAAUAGUGUGCGUGACAUCUCCUGCCUUUUGCAGCCGACCGAAGCGCGCCGAAUGAACGAGCAAGCACCGUCAGAUAUUAAAGCAGAGCACGAGCUGUGCAAGCGGAAACGAGUGCCGAGCCUGAACUAUCCGGCCGUUACGCAGACUGCACUGCUGGAAGGACCGGAAGCGCUUAAACCUUUAUGUUGCAACGCAACUCAUAGAGUAAACGUGUUUCUGCUCAUCUACCAGCUCGGUACUUGCUGCGUGUACGUUGUGUUUGUGUCGUCUAACAUUAAGGCCAUUGCUGACUACUACACCGAUACCGAUGUGCGGCUAUACAUGCUGAUCAUUCUUCUGCCACUCAUCCUGAUCAACUGGGUUAGGAAUCUGAAAUCAUUGGCACCAUUCUCGACGGUAGCUAAUUUUGUCACGCUCGUCUCGUUCGGCAUCAUCUUGUACUACAUCUUCCGCGAGCCCAUCUCGUUCGAGAAUCGCGACAAAGUCGGCACAAUGAGCGGUUUCGCGCUCUUCUUCGGCACAGUGCUAUUCGCUUUGGAAGCAAUCGGUGUGAUCCUGCCAUUGGAGAAUGAGAUGAAAACUCCGAAAAAGUUCGGUGGUAGUUUUGGUGUGCUGAACAAGGCAAUGAUCCUGAUCGUCACACUGUACAUUGGUAUGGGCUUUUUCGGAUAUCUGAACUACGGUUCAGCUAUAAAGGGAUCGAUAACGUUGAAUCUGCCUGAGGAAAAAUGUAAGCACUUGGCCCAGUGCGUUAAGGGAAUGUUAGCCUUUGCCAUCUACAUCACCCACGGGCUGGCGUGUUACGUAGCGAUAGAUAUCACCUGGAACGACUACUUGAAGAAGAAUUUGGGUGAUUCUCCACGAAGCACCUUUUAUGAGUACAUCGCACGAACGGUGCUAGUGUUAAUCACAUUCUUGCUGGCAGUGGCCAUUCCCAAUCUGGAACUCUUCAUUUCGCUGUUCGGAGCACUGUGCCUUUCUGCCCUGGGCAUUGCAUUCCCUGCAUUGAUACAAACCUGCACGUACGGGCACCAUCGGCAGGGUAUGGCAAAGGUGUGGAUGGUUGCGAAGAACAGCGUUAUUGGCGUGGUAGCCAUGCUAGGGCUGGUGAUCGGUACCUCGACCAGCAUGAUCGAAAUCAUUCACACCCUCGGACAUGACGAUUGAGGAUUGUGCGGCUGUGUGCGCUAGCAAUAAACAAGCAGCGAAAAUCAACAUCCGCAACCAACAUGAAGUAUUGAUUCGCCAUCUUUUCACUCCAUCAUUACAAAUAAGUAUUACUCGACACGUAAACAGCGCACCUGGCGACAGAGAGAAAGUGCACUUUUGAGGGCAGGACUGUGAGGGGUGUGUUAUGUGAAUGUGUGGGACAGAGAAAGAGACAGGGUGGAACAUUUGGAACAGAAAGAAGAUAAUUGUUAGAGCCAUAACUGAUAUGGUCCACCCUGAUCCAUCGGUAGAUCUGUCACGGUAACUCACCGUUGACAAGCGACGGUCAGCGGUUGAUGUGUGAGUGCAAUCUACCGAAGGGUCAGCGUACGCGCUCGCUCUCGACACUCCGAUACUAGAAGGGCAAGUGAGCGGACCAGCAAGCGCGCGUAACGGAAGAGCAAGCCGGCUCGAAAUGUAUGUUUGUAAUGUUCGUGAAACGUGUGAAUAUAGUGUUAUGUUAAAGUACCUAAUCGUCUAAAUGUUCAAGUAACAUACGCGAAAGAAAAGAAACACAAAAAUAACCAUUCCUAUGCUAAAUGCGUCGAGAAGUCAAAGCGUUAGCUGUAGCUGUCGAACUACUACCGAGCUGCUCCUGAUCUCCUGAUCAUGAUGUGACAGGCGAUGGUUUACCGGUCUGCCGGUCCAUUUGCCGUCAGCUGUUCAAUCAUUUCUAUCAUAUGUGCUUUUAUUUUAAGGUG